AUGGCUGAGCGCCCCGCCACCCUUCGCGCCUGGUCUCUGCUGCUGGUCUUACUCUCCUUGGCUUCGCUCUGGAGCUGCCUGCGGGCGCGCUUCGCAGCUGAGGCGGACCCCAAAGACCCAGAGGCAGAGGUGGAGGUGGUAGUUUUCCCAGAGUCGCCCUUGCAGAAACCCACGGUGUUCGUUACCAUCCUGGCCCGCAACGCUGCACACACGCUGCCCCAUUUCUUGGGCUGCUUGGAGCGGCUGGACUAUCCCAAGGACAGGAUGGCCAUCUGGGCAGCCACAGAUCACAACAUUGACAAUACAACAGAGAUCCUCAGAGAGUGGCUGAAGAACGUGCAGAAAUUAUAUCACUAUGUGGAAUGGAGGCCAAUGGAUGAUCCUCAGUCUUACCCCGAUGAAAUUGGACCAAAGCACUGGCCAGGCUCCCGGUUUACCCAUGUGAUGAAACUCCGGCAGGCUGCCCUUCGAACUGCGAGGGAAAAAUGGUCCGACUACAUCCUGUUUAUAGAUGUCGACAAUUUCUUGACUAAUCCACAAACCCUCAAUCUGAUGAUCUCCGAAAACAAGACUAUUGUGGCCCCGAUGUUGGAAUCUCGAAGCCUCUACUCUAAUUUCUGGUGUGGAAUCACACCUCAGGGCUACUAUAAACGGACCCCCGACUACCUUCAGAUUAGGGAAUGGAAGAGAAGAGGCUGUUUCCCUGUCCCGAUGGUGCACUCCACAUUCCUCAUUGACCUCAGGAAAGAGGCCUCACACAAGCUGAUGUUUUUUCCCCCACACCAAGAUUAUUCCUGGACUUUUGAUGACAUCAUUGUCUUUGCCUUCUCCAGUAGGCAAGCAGGUAUUCAGAUGCAUCUUUGCAACAGAGAACACUAUGGCUACCUCCCCAUCCCACUGAAGCCACACCAGACAGUGCAAGAAGACAUCGAGAACCUCAUUCAUGUGCAGAUAGAAGCAAUGAUUGACCGUCCUCCAAUUGAACCCUCCCAGUAUGUCUCAGUUGCCCCCAAAUACCCAGACAAGAUGGGAUUUGAUGAGAUUUUCAUGAUAAACCUCAAACGGCGGAAGGACAGACGGGACCGAAUGUUGCGCACGCUUUAUGAACAAGAGAUCGAGGUCAAAAUUGUAGAGGCUGUGGACGGAAAGGCCCUGAAUACAAGUCAGCUGAAAGCUCUGAAUAUUGAAAUGCUACCUGGGUACAAGGAUCCCUAUUCUUCCAGGCCAUUGACUAGGGGUGAAAUUGGUUGCUUUCUUAGCCACUAUUCUAUCUGGAAGGAGGUAAUUGACCGAGAACUGGAGAAGACACUUGUUAUUGAGGACGAUGUGCGUUUUGAACAUCAGUUUAAGAAGAAACUUGUGAAGUUGAUGGAUGACAUUGACCGAGUGCAGCUAGACUGGGAAUUGAUUUACAUUGGUCGGAAGAGAAUGCAAGUGCAAGAACCAGAGAAGGCCGUGCCCAAUGUCAUGAAUCUGGUUGAGGCUGAUUACUCCUACUGGACCCUUGGCUAUGUCAUCUCCUUGGAAGGGGCCCAGAAGCUGGUUGGAGCCGACCCCUUUGGAAAAAUGCUGCCAGUAGAUGAGUUCUUGCCGGUCAUGUACAACAAACAUCCCGUAGCCAAAUACAUGGAGUACUAUGAGCCCAGGGAUCUGAAAGCUUUCUCAGCUGAACCCUUGCUCAUCUAUCCCACCCAUUACACAGGGCAGCCUGGUUACCUGAGUGACACAGAGACAUCCACCAUCUGGGACAAUGAAACUGUGUCCACCGACUGGGACAGGAAGCACUCUUGGAAGUCUCGGAAGCAGGCACACAUCCACAGCAAUGCUCAGAACACAGAUGCUUUGCCCCCCACCACUUCCCUGGAUACAGCACCCUCAAGGGAUGAGUUAUGAUGGGCCUCGUGGUUCUGUCUACAACUGGACCUGCCUCUUGCUUUUUGUUUGUCUUUAGAGAUAAUCCUCCAAUUUCCUUUUUUAUUUCAUUGUCACUCUCAGAAGAUCAAGUUGAUUUGACUCAUCUGAUUGAAAGUAGUAAAUUAUUAGAAAGAAAAGGCAAUGAAGUUAAUUUAAGAAGGCUCUAGGAAGAUGGGAAGAUAGGCUUCUUUUUUAAAAAACAUUAAGGUAUCUUUCAGUUUGGUUUGGUCAGAUGCUUUGGUUCAUCACCUUUGUGAAGUGGCUGCUCACGUAAAGGCCACAACCUGUAGCCGAGUGAUCUGGACGGCUAUGGGGUAAUCACCAGGCUAACAGGGGACCCAGGAAUGAGCUGUCGAGACAGAAGCAACAAUUGACCCAGUUGUUUUGUGGUUAUGGGUGAGCAUCACUUUAUGCAAGCUGCGUUGCUGAAAACUACACAUAGAUCAAACUAUGUUUUGUUGAAUUAUGUCUCAAAUGUCCUAGUGAGAC